GCACACAAAACCCUAAAUUCGAAUCUUGGUCUUGUUCGAAUUAGAGAAAUUUAUCAGAUUUUCAUUGAAAGAUCCAUUAAAAAUUUGCUGGAACAUCCAUGGAUGAUACACAAGCCAAAGCUCUAGAGGAGAAGCUGAAGAGUCAGCUUAGUCAGCUUGAACUCGAGCACGCUGUGUUCGAUAGAAUGGUUUACAAGAAUAAGAACCAGCAUCGGAGAUGCUCCUAUUUCCAGUACCUUCUCAAGGUAAGAAGGGAUUUGAGACUUUUACGGACAGCAAACAUGGAGGGUGUUCUGAGACCUUGUUUUCAUGUUAUUUCUGGGAGAAUCAGUAAACAGAAGAUUCAUGUUUUGGAGAGCUUGAAGCUGAAACAAUGUGAUACUGGGAAACCAAAUGUCUUGGAACGACUUCGUGGAACUCUUCAUUUACUCUCACAGAUGACUGAACCCAUCUUAAAGGCUGCUAGUGGGAUAUCCACUCUGCUAGCUCGUUCAUUUUUCAUAGGAUUCUCCGUGACAUUUUUGGCGCUGCUUGCACGUCUCAGAGUGUUAGUUCAACAAAUAUUACUUGAUGCUGUGACAGUUUUCAAUUCGGUAACCUCUACAUACCUGAAGAAACAGUCUGUAAAGAUAGCACAGGAUGGGGUUGAGAUAUUCCGCGAGUUCUAUCCAAAGGAAGAAGAGUGUGUCACCGUAUUGGAUUGUGUAUGGAAGACCGAUAAAUAUGUUUUACUCGAGACAUUGCAGAAACAUGAGAGUAGUAAACCUGUAGAGGAAAAUGUUACAGAAGAUGCUACUACUAAGGAUCCUUUGAUACAGUAUCAAACAUCUGUUUCUUCUCUUGGGGAAGAUCUCUCUCCUUUGCUUGAUGCAGACGACGGUGGUGUUACUGUGAGAGAAAGCUCAUCUCCUAUUGCUGAAGCAGCUUCGUCCAAGACUGGUAAUGCGAUGCAACCAGAAGAUUCAAAAAAUCCAGAAGAUGCUUCAACUAGGGAGUGUUCAGUUCAGUAUCAUACGUUUGUUUCUCCUCUCGGAGAAGAUAUCCCUCCUCCUCUGAUUUCUCCACUGAUUGGAGCAGACAAAAACGGUGAUGGUACUGCUACAGAGUGUUCGGACCCCAUUACUGAAGCAGUUUCUCCCAAGACUAACAAUGGAUCCCAAACAGAAGAUUCAGAACAGCCCAAAGAUGAGUCUACAAAUCCCGUUAGCCCGGCAAAAGUUAACGUAGACACAUCAAAAGCGAGUUGCAGAGCAACCAAGGUGGCGUUUCUACCUUUGAAAAGACCCGCCUCUGUAAUAACUCCAAACGCCAUAGAAGAACCCCCAAAGAAGAAACAAGAAACAGGUGGGAAAGACAAAAAGGAAGAAGAUGGAUUUUAUAAUCUACUAGUGCAUGGAACCCAGAAAGACAGUUUGUUCUAGCAAACAAAAACAUUUCAA